AUGCUUUUUACGACGCGUCGCAUCGCGUCGUGGGUAGUUCGACAGAAGGUUAAGCCUGUGCUCUGGAAGCGCCAGCGCAGUCUCCAGCAACAACAGCAACAACAGCAGCAGCAGCAGAAACAGAAACAGUGCCGAGAUACUGACCUCAGGACCAAAGCUAACACCAACACGAGCGCGUCUUCAGAAACGAAUGUGACAUCUCAUCUCCUGCAUAGUGUGCCAACCACCCGAAUCACCGAUACAGCCAUAGAAAACACCACCGAAGCAUCUCGAGAACACGAUGUGAGGACAACGCCUAAGGAUGGAGAAACUGGUGCUGGAAUGGGACCUUCGCGAGGGGUGCAGCCUCGGGUGGUCCACUUUUCAAGGAUGGACGAUGUCCUGAGGGAGUAUGAUGCCGCUAGACGAGGUGAUUGCCAAGCAAGUGCCAACGGGCAAGACCCGCUCUCUGAAUCAAUCCCAGUCCCAGCUCAAGCCUAUAGCGCUGAUGAGGAAGCCGUCAACGACGACGAAGGCGCCGAUGUAGACUGGACGGAACGCUAUAUCGAGCUUCAGAUCAAUUACAAGGACAUCCUUGGAGCAUUACAUUUUACGCUGUCCCGGAAUAUUCAUCAAUUGCUCUUAGAUCACCGGCAUGCGGUACGACAGCUUCAGGGACAGAUGUUCAGAGUGAUCGCGGGAAUGGAGCCGUUGUUGUCAGAUGUGGUGUAUGAUAUGGUGAUCCCGAAGAUGACAAGGGACUUGGAGUCGCAAAGGAGGUGUUGUAAAGGUGUCGGAAGAGCGUUGAGGAAGGAGCUGAAAGGUGAGAUGUUGACGUUGCGGACGGCCGAGAAUGAUUUUGGUCAGAUCCAGCAGGAAGAGGCGGUGGAGGAGGAGGAAAGAGAUAAUGAACAGGUGGAUGAGAAUUGGACAAUGUUCGGGUGGAGUCCCCAGCAGUGUCCGUUCGCGAGUCCGUAUGAGGCAUCUGUAGCCCGAAAUCGGAUCCUCGCAGAGAAGAACGAAGGUAAAGGGGAACAGGGUGCAGAGCAACCACAGGGAGGAGGCAGUGGGCCUCCUCACAGUAUCAACACGGCACGACACCAUGCCAGUUCGCGGGCUUCCGCCCUAGAUUCCUCCUCCUAUACCUGUAGCAACAUUGGGACACAGAGUCAACGAAGAACACGGAAUCCUGCUGCCACAAGAUCGGGUCCCAGUCUUGCGCCAUCUAUUACACCAGCUAAUAGUCGCUCUCCUUCUUGCCAUACGGGUACAUCCCGCUCACGAGCACGAACACACAAUGCUUCUCACAAUCUCUCACACGGGUCCAACUCGAACUCACGUCGUGACAGAAGACGAGAUAAACGGUAUGGUGCAGUCAUUGCCACUUCGUCAACUUCAGGCACAGCACCCCAGGCAGUAAUCAAGCACGUUACGAACUUCUUCCAAGGCGGAACACAUCAUCACUACGGCACCACUCCCUGUCGCGGGCAUGAAAGGCACCGUCGCAAUAUAUAUGGAGGUCCUAUAAACGACACCCACAACGACAGCGACAGUGAUGAUGAUGACGACCUGCAGCGCCAUUUGCGGUCUUAUCCCAGGCGUCCCAAAACAUCGCGUGGCCGGUACUCUGAAGAAUACGCCUCUGAUGAUAGUAUCGAGCCCUCCUAUCAAGAUCCACGGGUUCAGAACCUAGGUCGCUCACACGCAUCCGCCCAUGCUCUCGUAAACCCUCUCAACAAAGACAAUGCCGGCAGUGAACAUGAUCCGUUUACGAUAGAUCUGAAUCCCAACAACCACCUCAUUUCGUCCCUGCCUUCGGCCACACGCCCCAGCGACAGCGGCAGCGGCAGCAGCGACGAAGGCCGUGGGGCACAAAACACUCUGCACCAUAAAUCCCCGACCGCCGACGACUACGAGAACUGGCCGCUAGUCUUCCGUGAAGAUCUGGCCCGUGCCCAACAGGACCAUAUCCCCGAACACGAGACCUCGGACGAGGAUCCUCUUUACAGCAGCACCCCAAGCAGCGGCGGAGCUAAUUUAACGAAUCCUCCGAGGGAAUGGAUUCGCCAGUCCCAUGUUCGUGAGACAACUCUGAUCUUGGAGGGUCGGCGGAGCGAAGCGACGGAGGUCCGAAGGAACCGCGUGGCCUUGCGUGAGAAGUCUUUCGCCUUAGUCACAGGAGUAGCAGGGGCAGAGUUCGGCACAUUCGGCCAGGUUACGGAACAGGGCGAGAAGAGCAUAUCGGCUAUGGUUUCAGAAGCAGAAUCCGGUGCAUGUAGACAAGGCAAGAAGAAGAAGAAAAAUGAAAAGAGUUUUAAAGCAAGGCUCCGUCUGGGUAGGAUUAGAGGCGGUCUUCUUGACCACAAAAGAUCAGGGAUCCGGAGGAAGACCCAUCGGCUAAAGCUCUGGAGCACGCUUGGGUUACUCAGGAGAAGAGACCCAAGAAGCAAUAAGGUCAGAAAGUAG